AUGGCGCACGCGGCGGCGCAUCUCAAAAAGGCCCGGUUGGAGAUGGAGCAGCAGCCUGACACAAAGGUGCUGGAGAAGGCGCGUGAGAGAAGGAGACGCUCCAGAGAACGGGCUGAGCGCAAACGCAAGUCGGACAGCAACACCAGUUUCUUACGAGCUGCAAGAGCCGGGAACAUCGAUAAAGUUUUGGAGUACCUUAAGAGUGGUGUGGACAUCGGCACUUGCAAUCAGAAUGGACUCAAUGCUCUGCAUUUGGCAGCUAAGGAGGGGCACAUGGAUCUUGUCCAGGAGCUGCUGGAUAGAGGUUCCGCAGUGGACGCUGCAACCAAAAAAGGAAACACAGCUCUCCACAUCGCCUCUCUAGCAGGCCAGGGGGAUGUGAUAAAGAUCCUGGUCAAACGUGGAGCAGACAUCAAUGCACAAUCACAGAAUGGAUUUACACCCUUAUACAUGGCUGCCCAAGAGAACCAUUUGGAUGUGGUUCGUUACCUUUUGGAAAAUGGAGGAAACCAGAGCACCGCAACAGAGGAUGGCUUCACCCCUUUGGCUAUUGCUCUACAGCAGGGCCAUAAUCAGGUUGUCUCCAUACUCCUGGAGAAUGACACUAAGGGGAAGGUGCGCCUCCCCGCCCUGCACAUUGCCGCCCGUAAGGAUGACACAAAAUCAGCUGCACUGCUACUUCAGAAUGACCACAAUGCAGAUGUCCAGUCCAAGAUGAUGGUCAAUAGGACUACUGAGAGUGGAUUUACACCACUGCAUAUUGCAGCUCACUAUGGGAAUGUGAAUGUGGCAACGUUACUCCUAAAUCGAGGAGCUGCUGUGGAUUUUACUGCAAGGAAUGGAAUCACACCGUUACAUGUGGCGUCCAAGAGAGGAAAUACGAACAUGGUCCGGCUCUUGUUGGACAGAGGGUCUAAGAUUGAUGCCAAAACAAGGGAUGGUCUCACACCUCUGCACUGUGCGGCAAGGAGUGGACACGACACAGCUGUGGAGCUACUGCUGGAGAGAGGAGCUCCCAUUCUGGCCAGAACCAAGAAUGGCCUGUCUCCUCUUCACAUGGCAGCGCAGGGCGACCACGUCGAGUGUGUUAAACACCUGUUGCAGCACAAGGCGCCGGUGGAUGAUGUCACGCUGGACUACCUGACUGCGCUCCAUGUUGCCGCCCACUGUGGCCACUACAGAGUCACGAAGCUUCUUCUCGACAAAAGGGCCAAUCCCAACGCCCGGGCACUGAACGGCUUCACACCUCUUCAUAUCGCUUGUAAGAAGAACAGGGUGAAGGUCAUGGAGCUUCUUGUCAAGUAUGGAGCGUCCAUUCAGGCCAUCACAGAGUCUGGCCUCACUCCUAUACACGUGGCAGCUUUCAUGGGCCACCUCAGCAUUGUUCUACUGCUGCUGCAGAAUGGAGCUUCUCCUGAUGUCAGCAACAUACGUGGAGAAACAGCGCUGCAUAUGGCUGCUCGAGCUGGCCAGGUGGAAGUGGUGCGCUGUCUGCUGAGAAAUGGAGCAAUGGUAGAUGCAAGGGCCAGAGAGGACCAGACUCCACUGCACAUCGCCUCCCGUUUGGGGAAAACCGAGAUCGUCCAGCUGCUCCUACAGCAUAUGGCUCAUCCAGAUGCCUCUACAACCAAUGGCUACACACCUCUGCACAUCUCUGCUCGCGAGGGGCAGCUGGACGUAGCGUCAGUACUGCUCGAGGCUGGAGCUUCUCAUUCCCUACCAACCAAGAAAGGAUUUACUCCCUUACAUGUUGCAUCUAAGUAUGGAAGCCUUGAUGUGGCAAAGCUCCUGCUGCAGCGUCGAGCUCCUCCAGAUGCAUCAGGGAAAAACGGGCUCACACCUCUCCAUGUCGCUGCACAUUAUGAUAACCAGAAGGUGGCACUGCUGCUUUUGGACAAAGGGGCUUCACCCCACGCUACAGCCAAGAAUGGAUAUACUCCCCUCCAUAUUGCUGCAAAGAAGAACCAGAUGGAGAUUGCCUCUACUUUGCUGCAGUAUGGGGCAGAAACCAACACACUGACCAAGCAGGGCGUGACGCCGCUUCAUGUGGCCUCUCAGGAUGGUCACAGUGACAUGGUGGCCCUGCUGCUGGAGAAAGGAGCCCACCUCAAUGUGGCUACUAAGAGUGGACUUACAGCUCUCCACCUUGCUGCCCAAGAAGACAAAGUCAGUGUUGCCGAAAUCUUGGUUAAACAUGGUGCCAACCUCGACCAGCAAACUAAAUUGGGUUACACACCGCUAAUCGUCGCUUGCCACUACGGAAAUGCCAAGAUGGUCAACUUCCUUUUGAAAAAUAAUGCCAGCCUCAGUGCCACGACAAAGAAUGGAUACACACCUCUCCACCAAGCUGCACAACAGGGCAACACACACAUCAUCAAUGUUCUGCUGCAACAUGGAGCCAAACCCAAUGCUACCACUGCGAAUGGCAACACGGCGCUUGCCAUUGCUCGCCGUCUGGGUUACAUCUCAGUAGUGGACACUUUAAAAGUGGUUACUGAGGAGGUCGUUACUACAACAACUACCGUGACUGAGAAACACAAACUGAAUGUGCCAGAGACCAUGACUGAGGUUCUUGAUGUAUCUGAUGAAGAAGGUGAGGACACUAUGACAGGGGACGGAGGAGAAUAUCUGAGAGCAGAAGACCUGAGAGAGUUGGGAGACGACUCUCUGCCUGGUCAAUACUUGGAUGGCAUGAAUUAUCUGAGGUUCAGUCUAGAAGGCAACAGUAUGGACAGAUCCUACAUGUCAAAUCGGUAUGGCUAUUAUUCUCCAAAGCAUGAUGGGAUGUUGGAUGAUACAAUCCACAGUUAUCAGGUAUCAUCACUUGCUAAUGAGAAGGACCCGUUUAGACUGAACUGGGAAACGGAAAACCUGGACAACAUUGCACUCUCAUCUAGUGCUGCUCAAUCUGGCCAUUGCUCUCCGUGCCAUGAACAUGACAGCAGCAGCUUCCUUGUCAGUUUUAUGGUGGACGCUCGAGGUGGAGCCAUGAGAGGGUGCCGCCAUAAUGGCCUUCGGAUCAUCAUCCCCCCCAGGAAGUGCAGUGCCCCAACACGAGUAACCUGUCGCCUAGUGAAACGACAUCGCUUAGCGACAAUGCCCCCGACGGUCGACGGGGACGGGUUAGCUAGCCGAAUUAUUGAGGUCGGACCCUCUGGUGCUCAAUUUCUUGGUAAGCUCCAUCUCCCUACUGCCCCGCCCCCUCUGAAUGAGGGUGAGAGUUUGGUUAGCCGCAUCCUUCAGCUGGGGCCGCCAGGGACCAAAUUCCUGGGACCAGUGAUUGUGGAGAUUCCACAUUUUGCUGCUCUGAGGGGGAAGGAGAGAGAACUGGUGAUCCUGCGCAGUGAGACAGGAGAGAGCUGGAAGGAACAUCAGUGUGAAUAUACAGAGGAGGAGCUCAAUCAAGUCCUAAAUGGCAUGGAUGAAGACCUCGACCCUCCAGAAGAGCUGGAGAGAAAACGUAUUUGCCGCAUAAUCACCCGGGACUUCCCACAGUACUUUGCGGUUGUCUCACGGAUCAAACAGGACAGUAAUUUGAUUGGUCCAGAAGGCGGGAUUUUGAGUAGCACAGUGGUACCACAAGUCCAGGCUGUGUUCCCAGAAGGAGCGCUAACAAAACGUAUUCGCGUUGGAUUACAGACUCAGCCUGUGAAUGUAGACAUGGUGAGAAAGAUCUUGGGGAACAAAGCUACAUUUAGUCCUAUAGUCACCCUGGAGCCACGUAGGCGCAAGUUCCAUAAACCCAUCACCAUGACCAUUCCUGUCCCCAAAACGUCAACUGACCCUCUACACAAUGGCUUUGGAGGAGAUACACCAACGCUCCGCUUGCUAUGCAGUAUUACAGGUGGAACGACGCCAGCUCAGUGGGAAGAUAUUACUGGAACCACACCUUUAACUUUUAUCAAUGACUGUGUGUCAUUUACCACAAACGUCUCAGCAAGAUUCUGGCUAAUAGAUUGUCGACAAGGCCACGAGUCGGUCAACUUUGCCACACAGGUGUAUCGGGAGAUAAUCUGUGUGCCAUACAUGGCCAAAUUUGUCAUCUUUGCCAAAACUCAUGAUCCAAUAGAGGCACGACUGCGCUGUUUCUGCAUGACCGAUGACAAGAUAGAUAAAACAUUGGAGCAGCAGGAGAACUUCACAGAAGUGGCUCGAAGUCGGGAUGUAGAGGUAUUAGAAGGAAAACCCAUCUAUGCAGAUUGCUUUGGAAAUCUUGUCCCUCUCACCAAGAGUGGCCAACAUCAUAUCUUCAGCUUUUUUGCCUUCAAAGAAAACCGACUCGCCCUCUUUAUAAAGAUACGAGAUAACACUCAGGAGCCUUGUGGUCGCUUGUCCUUCAUGAAAGAACCGAGAUCUUACAGGAGUUUGGCCCACAGUGCGAUAUGCAAUCUAAAUAUUACUCUCCCAAUUUAUGCUAAGGAAUCAGAUUCGGACCAAGAGCCUGAUGAGGAGACCAGCCGAACACUUGGAAGAUACGAUGAAGAUACUGAAACUUCUACAGAGACAUCCAUCCUGAAAAGUCACUUGAUUCGAGAUUCUCCUGCCCUUGCGAGCCCAGAUUUACUUUCUGAGGUGUCAGAGAUGAAACAAGAUCUGAUAAAAAUGACUGCCAUUCUGACCACUGAUUCAUCUGAGAAGUCAAACUCUAUGCAUGGGGGUAGUCUAGAGAAGGGGGUGGAGGAGAUGUCAGGGGAACCUUUUGAAAUAAUGGAAAAGGUAAAAGAGGAUUUGGAGAAAGUCAAUAAAAUUCUAAGGAGUGGGACAUAUGAAGAUAAGGCUGAUAAAGAGUCAGCAGAAGCAAAAAGUCGACCAUAUAGAAAGGAUGAGGAGUGGGUUCUUCUUUCAGACUGUGAAAUUGAGGAGGCCAAAAUGAUGGCAGCUUUUGAGACCCAAGAGGCACUUCUAAAGGAUACUCGAGGCAGCCGAGGGUCACAGACACAAAAGGGAGACCAUAAAGAGUACAUGCUUGAUGCACCUGUGACAUCUGGAGCUGUGGUGAAGGAGAAUGUGUUACAAGAAAAGUUCACUGAAGUUGUUUUGCGCAAGGGGGGCAAAAAAAUUAUACCAUCUGUGAUCAAAGAUACUAAAAUACCUAUGGCUGAAGUAAAAAAGCCCAUUCGAAGAAAAGGGCCUCAUGGUCAGAGUGAUGAAUGCAAUGUAUCCCCUUUAAAAACAGGUUCUGUUAGUGAGAAACCGGAAAAAACACAUCAAGAUGAUGGCCUCUUACAUGCCCCCUCAAGCCAAAAAUCUCCUGUAUCACCAGUAGUUGAAGAAACACCUAUUGGCUCAAUUAAAGACAAAGUUAAAGCUCUUCAAAAGAAGGUGGAGGAGGAACAAAAAGGCCACAAGCAGACUAGCAGCAAAUCCUCUCCUGGUUUUUCGGGGAAAAAAUCAUCUCCUGUUGUUAAAGAACAAAAAACAGCAACCACUAAAAAAUCAUCUCCGGUAAAAUCACAAAAAAAUGAGUCUGAGAGACUCGAAGAAACCAUGUCAGUAAAAGAACUCAUGAGGGCUUUUCAGACAGGACAAGACCCUUCGAAGGCAAAGUCUGGACUUUUUGAACAUAAAACAAGUUCUGUACCAAAGCACACAAAAUCAGGUCAAAUAAAGGAGACCCUGUCCACACAGUCCCAGUCUCAAACACUAACACUUGGACAAAAAGUGUCACUUGAAGCUAUAAAAUGUGUUGACUCACAGAAAACGAAAGAACAUCAGAUUAGCACAGAGAUACAACAUUCUCAUGACUUAAGUUCGAAUAUAAAAGCAAAACCAGAAGACAGUAUUGAGUGUGAAGGACCUAAAAUUCUAAAAGCCCAAGAUGAGACUACUACUGCCUUGCAGUCAACAGACCCGACAGUCCAAAGCAAUUUGGCUACUCCAGUAACAAAAGAUUUGUCUAUGGACACUAGAGAUUCCCAACCUAAUAGUGGGCCAGAUGCACUUAAAGAAAUCUCUGACAGUCACAAAGUUGAAGAUCUAGCAGUUUCCCCUUGUGCCAGCAUAGGUGAAGGCGAAGUCCACAUGAGUUCAGAGGACAGUGACAAACAUGAGGGCAUGGCAGAAACUCUGGACACAAGUCCUGAAAGCCUUUCAUCAUCACCUAAACGCCCAGGUCAAUGUAUAGAUGAAAAAAUUUCAAAAGUAGAAACAGUUACAGCCAAACAGGACACAAGUACACUAUCUAUCUCCAUUGCUGCAAAGACAACCGAUAGUCAGAUAUCUUCAACAACUUUUGGAUGCUUGUCUGUGAAAAAUGCAAUGGAUUAUCCUUCAAAAAGUGAAUCUGUAUCUGCUUCUCCGGGCAAAACUGUUACAUUUGUUGAUGAAAAAUUCUCUGUUGAUGAGGACAUUAUGUUGAAGUCAUCUAAACCACCAAAAUCUCGAAAACUAACCAAAAGGGGUUCUGAAACAAUAGACAGUUUUUUGAGUGAUGAGGAGCCAUCAGAUGGUCAACAACUAUCAACCUCAGCUGACCAGCAGGCUACAAGGGCUGACACACAGGGUUAUAGUGGUUUAGUACUGCCUCUUAGACAUCGUUCAGAGACCAAUAGUCCAGGAGCUGAUGAUUCUACAACCGUUAGUCAUAAGGACUCAUUAGAAGGUAGCCCCCUUAUGGAAGACAACUCCUCCCACAAAUCCCCAGACUCAAUAGAACCCAGUCCUACUAAAGACUCCCCAUGCUGUGAUUCUCUAGAAAGCAGCCCUGUAGCACAAAAAAGCAUCAUGGCCUUUCCUCCAACAGUAGAGCAACCCAGUGUGACUUCAGGGCACCCGACAUCCUCCACAGCUCCUGAGUUACCCCCAGAAAAUUUGCAUAAACUCCCCAGAGACCAGGAGGGUAGUGUCGGCGAUGACAAUUUCGAGCAGACAUCCCAGCUGAUGAGUUCGGGUAAGAGUCCCUUUUUACCUGACACCCCAAGUUCUGAAGAGGUAAGUUAUAAGCUUAAUCCCCAAACCCCAGACCCUAUGGUCCUGUCCAUGUUCCUAAAUCCAUGUGUCAUACCUGAGGAUGCAGAGGGAAAUGUGUUGGAGUGUGUCAUGACCCAGAGGAAAUUCACUCCUGAGAAAGAGAUGUUUAAAAUGGCUGCCAAAAUAAAAACAUUUGAUGAGAUGGAGCAGGAUGAAAAAGACAGAAAGGGCAAUAGCAAAAAUAUCUCCUCUCAGACAGUGAAUGAGUCUGAAAGAGGGCAUGAAAGCAUCAUAUUGAUUGGGCCUGAAUCCAAAGUAGAAACAACCUCAUUGGAAGGCUUUGGCCCUACUGAGACAAAACAAGGGUCAGAGGUAGCACAAUCUGUUGAACCUACUAUUAAAGUACAACCUCCCUCUCCUUUUCCAGCAGGUGUGCAUGAGAUCCCUCAAACAUCUGAGGACAUGGCCCACACUGCAGCAUCAACAGAUGAAUCAGCAAUGGAGGGACCUCAGUCUGUCUCAGAAAUACAUUCAGCAAAAGUCCAUCAGAUCUCUCUACAGACAGAAUUGCAGUCACUUAGCUUAAAAGAAUUAGAACAGAACAACAGACAAUUGUUAAGCAAUGAAACAAUGUUCAGUGUAGCUUCUGAAAUAAAAGAUGCAAGCCAGAUCAAAUCAAUGGAAAGCAAAAAUGAUGAUAAGGGUGGAAAGCAGAAAAUUACAACAGAGUGUCAGGGAGUUUAUAACAAAUCACAAAAUCAGAUAGAACACAAUGUAACAGAUGAUGAUAAAGGUGACCAAAUGAGGCCUGCAGAAACGGCUGAUCUAGGUUUAAACAGGGAUGGUAUAAAAGAAAAAACUGAUUUGUUGCCCAGUAUUAUUGGGCAAGUCGGAGAAACAUUUAAACCAGAAAUAUGUAUUUAUGAAGACACUGAAGAUGAUUUAGAGAAAGAACUUCCCAAAACAAAGUCUAGAGGGGUAACUGCAAAAACACUGGCAGACAACUGGAACACUAUGCGGGAAGAUGAUGAAGCCUUUGCAGCAAGAGUCAAAGAAGAGGAGCAAAAGAUUUUGGGUCUGGCAGUAGAUCGACAGUCCCAAGGUGCAACUCCAGACACUACACCAGGGAGGACACCCACUGAAGAAGGCACACCAACAAGUGAACAAAAUCCUUUCCUUUUUCAAGAGGGUAAACUAUUUGAAAUGACUAGAAGCGGAGCAAUAGACAUGACUAAACGGGGAUAUGAGGAGGAAGGCUUUGCGUAUUUUCAAAUAGGAGAGCAACCAAUUGAAGAGGCACUUAUAGAGGAUGAACCUGGUGCAGAAGUCACUAGAGCAGAAAGAGAGGUUGCCAUAAACCUCACUGAGCAGAUUAAACCAGAAGAUGCAGAAAUGCCUUUAAAAGAGGCUAACGACAUAUCGCUUCACUCCACACCUGAGGAUGAUCAGUCAUGUAUAACUUCUAAGUCAGAUGCCUUACAGUCAGCAAUCCCCAAUAAAUUGGCUAUUUCUGCUUCACCCAAAACUAGUAAAAACAACAUUGCAAAAGAAGCUGUAGAAAUAAAAUCACACACGUCAGCUGAAGGUAGUCCUUCAGGGACUGAUCUUGGUUCUUCAGACAUUAUCAUAACUGAUGUCCUGACAGCAGUGUCAACAGUAACCAGGCCAGUUUAUUCCCAGCAGGACCAAGAGUCCUCAGAUUCCUCACCAGAGGAAGAACACUCAGUGAUAGAAGUACCCAAAGCCCCAGAAAAGAAAUCCCAAACUUCCAAAGUGAUAUCAAAGUCAAAAACAAAGCCUGGCUCUAAAGGUAAUUCUGUAUCCACUCAGAAAAAAGCCUCCAUCUCUAAGGAGGAGGAGAAGCCAAAAUCAAGAAUCCCUAUAAAAUCUAUUUCUCAUGAUUUACCAGUGAAAUCUCCUAAGGAGAAAAAGUCUAAAUUACCUGUAAAACCUGUAACAAGGAGAAAAUCUGAGACAGACACAGGUCCCUCUGUAGGCUCCAGAGUGACACGGUCUAUCAAAGCCAAGAGCUUCUGUGAAAGUGAUUCUACAAAGAAACCAACAAAAAAGGACCAUGGCCAUCCAGCAGGUACUGAGUUGCCCAGCAAAUAUAAGACAUUGCCAUCGAAGCUACCUGUCAGGGGAAAGCCUGGUCAACCAACCCAUACCACUACACCUGGCAAAAAAGAUCAGCCAUCUGACAGCCGCAAGAAGUCGAUUGAUUUUUUUGAGGAGAUUAGUGAUGAGGCAGCUAAGCUAGUGGAGAGGUUGGCCCAAGCAGAAAAAGAGAAAGAGGAGGCAGCUGCCAUGUCGGACGAUGAAAGCAGCACCAUAGAUGUCUCAGUAAUAGAAAGUGAGCCCUAUCCUGACAUGCAGAUGCCUCUUCCUGAGGACCCAUUGGUCAUUAGGCCUCGAUGGGACGACCCUGUUGAGACGCAGAUGGAAAGAAUUCCUGCUGAUAAAGCCCAAGCCCAAAGUCAAGCGGAUCCACAGGAUGAGCUUGACAGAAAGGAAGGACGAUUGGCUGUAAUGGCUGAUCAUCUUGGUUUCAGCUGGACAGAGCUGGCUCGUGAACUUGAAAUUGAUGAAGAGCAGGUCAAUCAGAUAAGAGUAGAGAAUCCAAACUCAUUACAAGACCAAAGUCAUGCACUCAUAAGACUAUGGACAAAAAGAGAGGGGACAAAUGCUACUGAAAGCAUUUUGAUCUCAAAGCUCACGAAGAUUAACCGUAUGGACAUUGUACAUCUUAUCAAAGCUAAGAUUGUACAGUCCACUCAGGACCACUCAUCACAUACCUAUGCAGAAAUGGAGCAGUCUAUAUCACUUGACCACAGUGACGGUUUCUCAGCUCUUCAAGAGGACAUUGACAGCCCUAGGCCAGUCCGCCACACAGAGCUCACUACAAGAAUGCCAAAGUCUGGAAGUCAACCUCCAUUAGUAUCUGUCGAAGAUCUUUCUUCUAGUGUAUCUUCACUCGAUACCCAGAAAGAGAAGUCACAGCUGCACAUAGAUCAAGAUGAGGAGGUGGCUGAAGGCUCAACACUGUCUGGUUUUGACAUGAUUGGUCUAAGACAACAGUUCCCUGGCACUAUCAAAAGAGAUCUGCAGGAUAAAGUUUCAGAAAAGGAUAUUCAGUUGAAUGAACAAAAUAUAGAAAUAAAACAUAAAAAUAUCAGUGUCAGUGAGGAAGAAGACCAAAGUGAAAAUGUGAACAUUAUAGAACAAAAUCUAAUUAAAUCUUCUUUGACCAGUGAAGGUGACAUGAAACCAGGUGUGAAUCACCCAAAGUCACAAGACUGUAUACCUGAGGGAAGGACAGUUGUUAGUACUGAUCUGGAUAAUAUUCAUCCAAUAUUAUCAAUUAAGCAGUCACUUGAGCAACCUAAGGAAACAGCUGGACUAUGUCAAUUACAUCAAACUCCUUUCCACUUCAAUUACCAACAGUCUCAUAGGACAGUGACUCCUAAUUUGUCCACUUCAAGUUCUUCCUCCUAUGAGGGGCGAAAUGUGAGGUCAGAAACAUCAUUUUUAGGCAGUAUAAUGUUCACUGAUUUGGGUUCUGUGCCACCUGCACCUAGUAACCAAGAGCCGUCUACUAAUUCACAAUUAUCCAGCGAGAAACAGGGUUUUGAGAAAACAGGAUCUGCCUUGAUUACCGAUGAUCUAGUCUCCAGUGAAAUAUGCCCCAUGGAAACUGGUUUAGCUCCUAGUUCAUCGGAGAUAGCUCAAUCUACACAGAAGAGGUUAAUGGAUGUUGAUGUGAAAGCCAAGCCAAGGCCUGUCCAAGCAGAUAGUUUAGAGUCAGAUACUGAGUUCUUUGAUUGUCAACAAACAUUUUCAGAGCUAUCUGAACCAGAGCUGAAAUCAGAAGAACUUUUUAAUUCUGAAACUGUGUACGAAGUUGAAGAAUCCCUAUCUUUACCAAACACUCCAACCUAUGGAUAUUUAUUGGCCACACCCAAAACAACAGAAAAGUCAGAGUUAGACAGUCAAGAAAGUCCACGGCCAGCAUCUUGGGGAAGUGAGGAAAUUGAUUUGCCCAUUAUUCUUGAACCAGAGGAUGAAUGUGUAGGUGAGAAUGAUGACGAGUUAGCAUAUCCUUAUGGCUAUGCACAUGAGCACUCCUAUGCUGAAGAGCUAUCUCCAAUGGAAAGAGGCCAAUAUGAUGACGAUGAUGAUUCUCUAGGACGGGAUAUAGCAGAGGAGCUAGGCUUGCUAUCUGAUAGUUCAGAGGAAGAGGUGUUGACCACCAGAGUGGUACGACGCAGAGUUAUAAUCCAGGGAGAUGAAUUGCCAGAUAUUACCCCUCACAGUGUGACCGAGGAGCAAUACACAGAUGAGCAUGGAAACCUAGUCACCAAAAAGAUCACGAGGAAAAUUAUCCGUAAGUAUGUGUCUGCAGACGGAGUAGAGCGAGAGGAAGUGAUGGUGGAGGGAGCUCAACAAGAAGCUAUCGCUUUAGAUGAUGCUGAUGGUUUUUCCAAAGUUGUUAAAAGAACAGUAGUGAGAAGUGCCGGAGACCAGACAGAGGUGACGUUUUCUGAACCUGUACCUGUUUGCGUGACGACGACAGCCUCCGAGUUUGAAGGAGAGACUGCUCAAGGUCGUAAAGUAAGCAAAGUCAUCAAAACCACGGUGGUGCAGGGCGAGAGGACGGAGAAGCUAAUUGGCGACCCCUCGUUGUCAGCAGACCUCCCUUCAGCAAAAGAAGACUUUGAAAAGGCUUUAAGUUAUGCAGGGAGCUUGGACAAAGUGCUCUUGCCUCAUUUAGUGGAGAAAGAGAUCGUAAAGGAGGAUGGAUCUAUGGUCAGAAGGACCCACAUGCGUAAGACACGCACCCAGAAGAAGACUGUGGUGAGGGACGGCCAAAGCAAACACAUCCAUCUGGAGCAAGUGGAAGACACUCCGGAGUCCCUACAACCUGAUGACCUGCAGCAGCAUCUACACCAACUGCUCCAACGCUACUGCACACCAGAAGUGGAGGAGGAGAAGGAGGAAGGGGAGGAGGCAAGAAAGGAAGAGCAGGACACGAAUGACUGAUUUUCUAUUACUGUUUUCAUUUAUUUGCGCUGUGGCAAGCCUCCCAAAAUCCUAGGCAAAAUAGAUCAGAUCCUUUCUUUUUUGUCAUUUUGUCUCUCGCUAUCACCAUGACAGUGACUUCCCCUGUUCCAGACACUUCUUUUUGUGUUUAUGUUCAUUUUUUCCCUCCAUUGCAAAAAAAAAAAGGUGUGCACGCUAGAAUGUUUCUUUCUUUUUUUUUCUUUUGUUCACGUGACGUUUUCUGAUUUUUCUUACUUUGUGACCAAAGAUAGCUUUAUUUUAUUUUGAAAUAACAUUAUGGCUAGAAAUAAUAGUUCUAAAUAUGGGGGGAAGCAAAUAAUUAUCAUUAUCAUCAUCAUCAUCAUCAUCAUCAUGGACACUACCGUUUCCCAUAAACCCCUUUCUUUAAGAGAUGAAAUAAUGUGAUGUGUAAAUAUUAGAAUGGAAUCGGAAAGAUAUUCCGACACAUACCUGUACUGCACAGUCUAUUUACAUGCCGUAACGCUGCACCAAUGCACCACUGAGGCUAACCUGUUCAUUAGCUCAAAUUCUGUCCACAGGCUUUGGAUAACUGACUUUUUAAUGUCUGUUACUAGGGCAUGUUUACUGUAUACCACAAAUGCAGGUUCACAUAUGGACAGUAUUGAGAUCAUGUUUUAAAAAUAAUAAUAAUAAUAAUAAUAAUCAUUGUGUAGUUCAUUAUGAUACCCAGAAUGAGCUUGAGUAAUUUGUAUGCACUAUAAAUGUAAAUUCACACACAUACAAAGAAAAAAAUGCUAGCUGCAGCUUUUAAAUGUACUUUUUGGGAGUCAUGCUGAAUGAAUGCUUAGCACAUUGUUCCUCAUACUCGUUUUCUGUUCGUCCUUCACAUAUUGUUAUAAAAGGGACGACAGCUUUGCACAGUGGAUUCAGUCUGCCCUAUUUACUCUGUGCGUGUGCGCGCGUGUUUCUUCACCAUGUUAACCUCCAGUCACAACACUGCUACUCCUCGUCUGCACGCAAGAAAGUAGCAUCAUUAAAAGUAACUUGAUCAGAA